GAGUGCGAGGUGAUGUGAGUCUGCAGUGCCUCUGCUGCAGUAAAGUUCUCCAGGCUGCGAGGGGAAAGAAGGUCAGACUUUUCUGGCUGUGCAAGGGGGAAGAAGUGGCAGAGAUUUCGUAAUGAACACAUUGCUCCCUACCACGGAAAGAGCCAGCCCUGCUUGCUGGAGCCAGCUCGGUGGGACAGCAUCUAACAGGAGUUGGCAUCACACGCUGCUGGGGCGUGAGGACAAUCACUACAACUGGACUGACUGUGAAGCCCAUCACUUGAGCAAAGUCCCAGUCACGCUGCUCAUCUGCCUCUGCGGGCUGGUGGGGAACGGGGCCGUCCUCUGGUUCCUCGGCUCCCGCAUCCACAGGAACCCCAUCACCACCUACAUCCUCAACCUGGCCGUCGCCGACUUCACUUUCCUCCUCUCCAUCGCCAUUACCCUUGUGAUAUUUUACGGCCCAGAGAGCCUUUGUCCCGGGCGGAGCUCCCAGGACGUGACAACUGUGAUGAAUAUCACCAUCCUCUUCACUUUCACCGCCAGCGUCUAUCUCCUGACAGCCUUCAGUGCCACGACGUCUCUGUCUGUCCUCCCCCUGGCCCGCUGCCCCCGCCACCGCUUGCCAGUGCUCGUCUGUGCCCUGCUCUGGGCCCUCGCCUUCCUGCUCACCGUGACCCUCUACUUCUGCCCCGCGGUGCUCACUGUCUUCAUCCUCAGCUACGUCUUAUCGGUGCUUACCCUGAUUUUUUCUGGUCUGACCCUGCUUGCCAGGGUCUUGUGCUGUUCACAGCAAUAUCCUCCAAGGAAGCUCUGUGUUGUGGUCCUGCUAGCUGUCUUCUUCUUCCCUUUCUUCACUGCAGAUUUUGGUUACUGGCUCUUACUAAGACUGUUUGAUUUUUCUGUUUUUGUCUUUGACGCCUCUCUCCUGUUUGCCUGUGUCAACAGCAGUAUCAACCCUGUUGUUUACUUCUUUGUUGGGAGCUGUGCAAAGAAGUUCACACCCUCUGUUAGGGUUGCUUUCCAAAGGGCUUUCGAAGAUGUAACAGAGCCCCAAAAUAGAGGCGAACCUCCCAGAGAAAACACAGUGGAAACAGCUGUUUAA